AUUUUACUUCACAGUUAUACCAUCAAUGUCACUUGUAUUUCUGUGGCAAUGGGAGCUCUUCUUCUUUUGAGGGGUCUUCCACUCAACACUCUCUUCGUUUGUUUUCAAAAAGCAGGGUAACAACACUCUUGUCUAAUUCUGAUCACACUAGUAGUAAUAUCACACUCCAAACUCUCUCACCUUCAAUUGAAGGCUUAGACAUUAUUUCACAUUUUCAAAUCCUACCCAACAAUUAGUUAUAGCUUCUGUCCUACCCAACAUAUCUCCCUUGGGCUAUUAAGCCAAAAAAAAACAAAACUUUGAUAACAAAAAUGCCGAAGUUGGUUCUGAAAGCUGGUAGCAGACCUCCAUGGGUGGGUCUUGCAGCUGCAGUUUGGAUACAAAUAGCUGCUGGCAAUCCUUACAACUUCCCUCUUUACUCAUCUGCACUCAAAUCCGUAUUGGGUCUCAACCAGCAACAGGUGACUAUUCUGGGUGUGGCCAAUGAUGUUGGAGAAAACGUGGGUCUGCUUCCUGGUAUUGCCUGCAACAAGUUCCCUCCUUGGGCUUUGCUUCUUGUUGGUGUUGUCCUUUGUUUCUUUGGUUAUGGGGUUAUCUGGCUUGCUGUUAGCCAAACUGUUUCUGGCUUGCCCUAUGUGCUGUUAUGGCUCGCACUUUGUGUUGCCACUAAUAGCGGUGCAUGGUUUGGCACAGCUGUGCUUGUUACCAACAUGAGGAACUUUCCUCUCAGUAGAGGUACCAUCUCUGGCAUUCUUAAAGGUUAUGUGGGGAUUAGUGCUGCGGUAUAUACAUUAAUAUAUAUUUUGUUGUUGAAAGGAUCUGCUUCUAAGCUAUUGUUGCUCCUAGCAAUUGGAAUUUCUAUUAUAUGUUUAAUUAUGAUGUACUUCAUUCGACCUUGUACUCCUCCUUCUGGGGAAGACUCUUCAGUGCAUGUUCAUUUUAUUUUUGCCCAAGCUGCAAGUGUUUUACUUGCCACCUAUCUUGUUAUGACCACAAUAGCAAGCGACUUGGUUUCUAUAAGUGAUGCUGUUUCCUACAUCUUAGUGGCCAUAAUGAUUUUACUUCUGAUGACUCCCCUUGCAAUUCCUGUCAAAAUGACACUGUUUCCUGCCAAGCCAGAGAACAAUGUUCCACAUGUUGGUUCUUCAGAACAAUUGGUUUCAGGUGAUGAUGUUUCAACCCAAACAGGUCCAUUGCUGCCACCAUCUUCAUCAGCUGCAUAUCUUGAAAGUGAGGAUGCUUCAGAUGUAGAGACACUUAUUGCAGAGGGGGAGGGAGCAGUAAGGAAGAAAAGGAGACCUAAAAGAGGAGAUGAUUUCAAGUUCCAAGAAGCUGUAAUCAAAGCUGAUUUCUGGCUUCUUUGGUUUGCUUAUUUUCUAGGGGUUGGAUCAGGUGUAACAGUUCUCAAUAAUUUGGCUCAAAUUGGAGUUGCUUUGGGUGUAGAAGAUACAACCAUAUUGCUUUCAGUCUUCAGCUUUUGCAAUUUUAUGGGUCGUCUUGGUGCUGGUGCUGUUUCUGAACACUUUGUAAGGUCGAAAACACUACCUAGAACAUUUUGGAUGACAUGUACACAAAUAAUUAUGAUCAUAGCAUUUUUCCUUUAUGCUUCAGCUCUUGAUGGAACUCUUUAUGCUGCAACGGCUUUGCUUGGGAUAUGCUAUGGGGUUCAAUAUUCUAUAAUGGUUCCAACUGUUUCUGAACUUUUUGGUUUGAAGCACUUUGGUGUUAUUAGUAGCUUCAUGAUGCUAGGCAAUCCAAUUGGUGCCCUUCUUUUCUCUGCUUUCCUUGCUGGCAGUGUGUAUGAUACAGAAGCUGCAAAGCAAGGAAACUCCACUUGCUAUGGUCCACUUUGCUUCAGGCUCACUUUUCUUGCUUUGGCUGGUGUAUGUGGGAUUGGUACCAUCUUUAGUAUAAUUUUAACAAUUAGAAUACGACCAGUAUAUCAAAUGCUCUAUGCUGGGGGUUCAUUUCGUUUGUCUCAGACUUCAAAUCACUAAGAGUGGUCAAAAUUAUCUGCUAGAUACAAGAUAUAUCGAAUUUCUGGAGCCAUUCUUCAAUAAGAGCACAAAGAAACUCCCUAUUUUUGGUUACUAUUUGUGACUCUCAGAAUGUGAUCCAGAAUUCUUGGAUGUAGAUUAAUGAACUUUCCAAUAUUUAAAUUGCGGUUUGUAUAUGUC